UACUGCCAUGCUAUUGUUACGAUCGUAUUUCUCAUUCUGAAAAAGUAAAAGUAAUGGGUUCUGAAUCUGUCAUUCACAUUCUCCUUAUCUCUUUCCCAGCACAAGGACACAUUAACCCUCUUCUUAGACUAGCAAAAUGUCUUGCUGCAAAGGGUUCUUCUGUCAUUUUCAUCACUACCGAGUAUGCUGGCAAAGACAUGCGAACCGUUAACAACAUCACUGAUAAAUCACUCACUCCCAUUGGUGACGGUUCUCUCACUUUCCACUUCUUUCACGACGGUUUAUCUGAUGAUGAUCCCAUCAGAACCGAUCUUCCUGCUUACCUUGAACAACUCAAACUUGUUGGAAAGCCAUUUCUUUCUCAAAUAAUAAAAAAUUAUUCUGAUUCAAACAAACAAUUUUCAUGCAUCAUAAACAACCCUUUUCUUCCUUGGGUUUGUGAUGUAGCUACGGAACAUGAUAUUCCCUCUGCUUUGUUAUGGAUUCAAUCCGCUGCUGUUUUCCUAGCUUACUAUAACUAUUUCCAUAAACUCGUACCUUUCCCUACGGAUUCAGAACCGUAUAUUGACGUUCAACUCAACUCUUCUUUGGUUCUUAAAUACAACGAAAUCCCAGAUUUUCUACACCCUUUUAGUAAAUAUCCAUUUCUAGGGACACUCAUCUUAGAACAGUUUAAGAAUUUAUCUAAAGUUUGUUGUGUAUUGGUGGAUACAUUUGAAGAACUGGAACAUGAUUUCAUCGAGUAUCUUUCAGAAAAAUCUAUCUCUAUAAGACCUAUUGGUCCUUUGUUUAACAACCCAAUGAUUAAAAGUGCGAGUAAUAUUCGUGGUGAUUUUGUCAAGAGCGAUGAAAGUAGUAUUAUAGAGUGGCUAAACUCAAAUGAGAAAGGUUCUGUUGUUUUCAUUUCGUUUGGAAGUAUUGCAUACUUUUCACAAGAACAAAUGAAUGAGAUUGCAUAUGGGUUAUUGGAUUCUCAAGUGUCGUUUUUGUGGGUAUUGAAACAACCUUUUAAAGAAUUGAGACUAAAGGAACAUGUUCUACCAAUUGGGUUCUUAGAGGAAACAUGUGAGAGAGGAAAAGUGGUCAAGUGGUGUCCACAAGUAGAAGUACUUUCUCAUCCUUCAGUUGCAUGUUUCAUGACUCAUUGUGGUUGGAAUUCAUCAAUGGAAACACUUACUUUAGGUGUUCCGGUGUUGACGUUUCCGGCAUGGGGUGAUCAACUCACAAAUGCAAAGUUCUUGGUUGAUGUUUAUGGAGUUGGUAUUAGAUUGGGUUAUGGUCAUAUGGAAAACAAGUUGGUGACAAGAGAUGAGGUGAACAAGUGCUUAUUGGAAGCAAUGACAGGAGAGAAAGCAGAGAGGUUGAAGCAAAAUGCAAUCAAGUGGAAGAAGAAGGCGGAGGAUGUGGUGGCGCAUGGUGGAUCAACUGAUCGGAAUCUUGAUGCAUUUAUCCAGGACAUUAAGAAACAUGGUGGUUAAUAUUGAGAGGAUUCUAUAAGUAGAAUUUAUUGUUUUUGAGGUUUUUUUUUAGGUGAACACUCAGGUACCCUUGAGUUUAGAUGGUACCGGUACCCUCAACCAAUCAAAUAUUAUAAUUUCAUGCCAUGUCACUUAUUUAUUUUAAAAUAAAUUAACAUUUAAUAAUAAUUUACACUAAAGGUACCGGUACCCAACUUGAAUUCUUGGGUACCAAAGAAUUUACCUUUUUUUUAUGUACUAGUAUCUUGAGUAUUUUAUGUUAUAUUCUCUUUGUACGGUUAAUUUUUAAAUUAUGUUUAUUUAGUACUACUAUUUUCUUUUGUUACAUUUUAGGACUCAGUGUAUUU